AUGUAUGUCAGUCUGUUCAUCAUUCACAUUGUUCAUACCAUCUAUCUGCUCAUCUUGAUUCUGAUUUGUCAAAUUCUGUUCAUCAUUCAAAAACUGUUCAUGCCUAUCUAUCUGCUUUUCUUUGAUUCUGAACCAUUCUGUUCAUCAAGAACACUGUUCAUACCUAUCUAUCUGCUCAUCUUUGAUUCAGAUCAUGUAUGUCAAUCUGUUCAUCAUUCAAACUGUUCAUACCCGAUAAACCUGCUCAUCUUUGGAAGAUCAUGUAUGUCAGUCUGUUCAUCAUUCACACGUUCAUACCUAUCUUUAUUUAUCUUUGAUUCUGAUCAUAUACAUUUAUCUUCUUUUCUUCAAAUUUUUUUUCGUUUUUUAUUUUUUCUUGAUAGAUACUUCUUUCUUCUUUCUUCUUCAUUAUCCAUUGUUCUUCUUUUUUCUUCAAAAUCUUUUUUCUUUUUCUUUGAUUCUUUAGAUACAUUUAUCUUUCUUUCUUCAAUUUUUUUUUUUUCCUUUUUCAUAUUUAUCUUUUUCUUCACAAUUUUUUUUUUUCUUUUCUUUUUCUUUAGAUACAUUUAUCUUUUUAUUUCAUGUUUUUUUUUUUUUUUCUUUUUCCUUUUUAGAUACAUUUAUAUUCUUUUCUUCACAAAUAUUUUUUUUUUUGCGAGGUUGAAGUCUAUGAUUUAUCUUUCUUCUUUUUUUUUCUUUUUCGAUACAUUUAUCUUUUUUCUUCUUUUCUUUUUUUUUUUUUUCUUUAGAUUAUUUUUUUCACAACCCAUUUUUUUUUACAGCGUCUUUUUUUCUUUAAUACAUUUUAUAUUUUUUUUCUUUCAAUUUUUUUUUUUGCUUUUUCUUUUUUUUUCACAAUUUUUUUUAAUUUUUUUUUCUUCACAAUUCUUUUUAGAAUACAUAUUUAUUUUCUUUCUUCACAACUUUUUUCUUUUUAUUUUUUCCUUUAGAUACAUUUAUCUUCUUUUUUCACAAUUUUUUUGCUUUUUUCUUUUUUCUUUAGAUACAUUUAUCUUCUUUUCUUCAUACUAUUUAUCUUCUUUUCUUUUCACAAUUCUUUUUUUUUUUUUCUUUAGAUUUAUCUUUUUUUUUUUCACAAUUUUUUCUUUUUUAUAUAUUUAUCUUUUUUUUUCUUCUUUUUUUACUUUUUUUUUCUUUUUUUUUCUUUUAGAUACAUUUAUUUUCUUUUUCUUUUUCUUUUUUUGCUUUUUCUUUUUUCUUAGAUACAUUUAUCUUUUUUUUUUUCCAAUUGUUUUUUCUUUUUUCUUUUUUUCUUCUUUAGAUACAUUUAUAUUUUUUUCUUCACAAUUUUUUGCUUUUUCUUUUUUUCUUUAG